AGGAUUGAAACGAUUAAACAGGAAAAGCCAACACAUUUUAUAAAAAUGAUUUGGUUUGAAGGCUCUAUUCCAGCAGCCAUCAUCUCCGCAAAACAACAGAGCUCCAUCUUCGUCGUCGUAAUAACAGGCGACGAUGAGGUGUCAGGACAAAUGAUGUCCAGUUGGGAGGACGACAGAGUGGCUGAGGCCUCCUAUAACUGCUGUGUUGCAAUCAAGGUUGAUUCCAAGAGUGAGACAUGCACACAGUUCUCCCAAAUCUACAUAUACCAGGAGCUGUGCCAGGCCUGCCACGUCUGUUGAUUCAUCCAGCUGUAACGCAUGUAAUGCACUGUCUUGUAUGCGAAGCAGUAAUUGUUUCAAAACCUUUCCUGCCGUGUCACUGAUGCGUCAUGAAACAGUGUUGUUGGAUGAAGGCAUUGUCUGUGUAGUUUUUUUUCUUUCUUUUUCCCCCAGCAUUGUGGCAGCAGGAAGAGUUAAGUCCUCCACAAUAGUAUGGGGCUUGCCUGUCCUACCCACUUGGUAGCUCACCAUAUAAGAUGCUUCUAUCCCCUUCUUAUUAAUGGUAUCUGUUGCUUUUAUACAUAUUACUUCUCGAAAGUCGUCUUUAUUCUUGCUCCAAAAACUCCCGUUGAUUAUUUUUCAGAUUGUCAUGUUUCUAAAUGUCUGCUCAAGAGUGAUGGUUUCCCGUGAGAGAGUAACGGUUAAUGUGAUUGCAUUUUAAUUAUUUGACUAGGCUACCUGUAUUUGACAUUGUGUUAUUUCGUUGAACAAUAGAUGGUUUAAUUAAACUGCCGAGAUGAGACUACUCAGGCAAGGGGGAAAAAACCCACCCAAAUGUAUAGCCCCGUUGGAAAAUAUAAAUGUACUGAUGGAAAUGUGA